CACUAUAUGACUAAAUGACUGGCUGUUUGGCUGCUUAAUAAUUAAACGAAAUAUUUUUGUCAAAUACAUUUUAUUUGAAUACUUUUGUAUUCAGUUGUAUUUUAACGUUGAGUGUUAAAAGACGUCUUCUUAUUAAAUUCAAAAAGAAAAAGAAAAACUGAAAUUCAUUUUUACAAUAUAUUAAAAAUGGCUGAUAAUAAUGAUUCAAAAUUCGGUUUCAAAAACAAAGAAAAGGCUGAGGAAACCCUAGUCCUGUUGGAAAGUCACGAUAUGCAAUAUCGUAAAUUGACCGUGCGUGGUUUACUGGGCAGAGCCAAGAGAGUAUUGUCAAUGACCAAAGCCGAAGAUAAAGUUAAAAAUAUCUCUGAUGCUAUAGCAGUAUUUGAGAAUUGGUUAUCAGAGAAUGGUGGUGGUGCAGCCAACAAAAAUGCCAAAACCGAUAAUGAAGAUAAAGUAGAGACUGUACCUGGUUUGGGUUUCAAGGAUAAAGAGUCUGCCGAAAAGACCCUCAAAAUCUUAGAAGACCGUGAUCCAGAAUAUCAAAGACUUGCCGUCAAGGGACUUAUUGGCAGUUCAAAACGUGUACUCUCCGGCACUAAAAACGAAGAGAAAAUCCAAUCCAUCAAAGAAGGUGUCAAAAUUCUUGAAGAUUUCCUAGAGAAAUUCGAAACUGAGAAUCUCAUUAAGAACAAUAGAGCCUAUUUGGCAUACAGUAUAAUUGAACAAUUACCUCAGCCAGAAGAUGCUUUACAAGUGGAAUUCCUUAAAGCCUACGGUGGCCCUAAGGCUAAGGGUAAUUACAAACAUUUGCGCACCAUGCUACCCGAGGAUGAUGAUACAACCUAUGAUAUUCUACGUAACAGAAAUAUUACCAAAUUAUUGGCCAAACUAAAGGAAGAAGAUGCCAAACUGUUUGAUGAUGCUGGUAAACCCACCGAAAUUCACAUGCAAUUGAUACAUUGGGCCUAUAGUCCACAACCGGAUAAGGUUAAGAGUUAUGUGUCCACAUUGAAAAAGGCCAGUCCACCACCACAACCCAAAAAGGCUGAGAAACGUAAAUGUGUAGAAUCGGCUUCUUCUGCUUCCGGUUCGGGAUCUGGUUCGGAUGACAGUGAUAUGGAGGAUGCUAAAGAAGAGAAUGGUGAAUCUCCUGAAAAGAAGGCCAAGACUUCCUAAAUAUUUAAUGUAUUUGCGUUCCAUACAAAGUCAUUUACUAUAGUAGUACUUACAACUAAAUAGUUUUAAUUUAAAAAGAAAAUUUAAGUUAAAGGGAAUCUUCUCAAAAUAGGAAAAAACAAAACAAAACAAAUAAAACAAUAAAAAAAAUGUUGAAAGGUUUUAACAUGCCACACCAUUUAGAUAUAAUUAAGGGGUUAUUUAAGUUGAUGCCCUUAAUGUUUGAUGACACCUAGAAAUCAAUUUUUGCACGGUGUUUAUACCUAAACUCAGAGAAAUUUUGUAAAAAUAAAAUUCAAUUUAAGGUAUUCAAGUCAUAAAGCAAUAGAGUUAGAACUCUACUUAGAGUUGCUUUAUCGAUUAAAUACGCUUAACUUAAUUGUAUUUGUAUCUCGUAUCGUAUUGUAUACUUUUGUUUAUAUUUUAUGAAUAAUGUUUAAUUAACUAUUUAUAGUUUUACUCGUAUGAGUGUUUACAUACAUAUUUAAUAAUUAUAUACAAUAUUACAUUUUCAACAAUGUUAAUACAAUUACAAUUACAAAUACAUUACAACACUAUCAAUCGUUAUCAUAUCAAUCAAUUAA